UUGUCGGCUCGCCUGCAUGAUCGGGUCAGAGAGCAUGGAACGGAGACCGAAAGAGAAAUAGAGAGAGAGAAAGAGAGAGAGAGCGAAGAGAGAGAGGGCGAAGUGUCGUAAAUGUAUCUUGCUCCAGUUGCUGCUGUUAGUUCUUGAUUGGCCUGCGUACCGACGAGUCAUUCACGAAGAGAGAACAACCCCAUACCUCACCCCACCCCGCCUCCCAUCUUCAAGUAUAUCUUAUCAGCGAUUAGUGGAUCGAGCACAGUUGCACUGAAAUAAUUGUCGAGCGCUUUGUUUGAUAUAAAUUCAACGCAGGGCAUUGCGUCCAAAUCAGUCCAACGCAGUUCAAGAUGUCGCAAGCAGUCCAGCCGAGCGCAGAGCAGGUCAACGAGGUGAAGACCCGUUUCCUGGCCAAAAUGGAAGCGGAGCCACCAGCAGUUCCGUUUCAUCCUAGCGAUCUGGCGCGUAUCAAGGAUAACGAUGUCUGGAUAACCCGUCUCCUGGUGGCAUACAAACUGGAUGUGGAGAAGGCAAUCUUACGUCUCUAUCAGAAUUGUGAAUGGCGUCAGAGUUAUGGCACCAACGACAUUAACGAGUCCAAUGUGAAUCAGGAGUAUCUGAAGGAUGGCGAAAUCUUUGUGCAUAACCACGAUAAGGACGGUCAUCCGCUGCUCAUUGUGGACAUGUCCAAGCACUCGAAGAGCAAGAAUCAUGACGAUCUGUUGCGUGUCAUUGUCUAUUGGUUGGAGCGUGUGCAGCGCGAAGUUUACCUCCAGAAGGUGACACUCUUCAUGGACAUGACCAAUGCGGGCCUGGGCAACUUGGAUCUGGACUACAUCAAGCAGAUUAUACAAUUAUUCGAGACCAAGUAUCCCAAUGCGCCCAACCACAUUGUGGUUCAUGAGCUGCCUUUCCUCCUCAAUGCGGCAUUUAAAAUUGUGAAGGGUUUUAUGCCCGCGGAGGCAUUGGAAAUUCUGCGCGUGACAACUAAAAAGGAUAUUAAUGAGUAUGUCGAUAAGGAUAACUGUUUGAAGGCCUGGGGCGGCAACGAUGACUACACGUUUAGGUUUGCAACAAACUGAGUCCAAAGUGUACAUAUUUUAAAUAUAUUGUAAAUAAUACGAUA